UCCGCCCCCCCCCGCCCGGCCGCCGCCGCCAUGGAGUCGAACCGGGACGAGGCGGAGCGGUGCAUUGGCAUUGCGCUGGCCGCCAUCAAAGCCAACCAGCCCGACAAGGCCCGCCGCUUCCUGGAGAAGGCGCAGCGCUUGUACCCCUCGCAGCGGGUCCGCGUUCUGCUUGAGUCACUCAGCAAGAACGAGCAGUCAGCCAAUGGCCAGUCCCAGCCCAGGGAAUCCACAAACCCUCAGUUCAGGAAAAUGAGUGGAGAUUUCCCAUCAGCCAACGGAGAGGCUGGGGGGAGGGCCCCCAAGGGCUACACUCAGGACCAGCUGGAUGCAGUGAAGAGGGUAAAGCAGUGCAAAGAUUACUAUGAAAUUCUGGGAGUCAACAGAGAAGCUUCUGAUGAGGAUCUGAAAAAGGCCUACAGGAAACUGGCCCUGAAGUUCCACCACAAGAACCAUGCACCAGGGGCCACAGAGGCAUUCAAAGCCAUCGGGAACGCGUACGCCGUGCUGAGCAGCCCCGAGAAGAGGAAGCAGUACGACCAGUUCGGGGACGAGAAGCUCAGCGCCGCCCGCCACGGCCACAGCCACGCCGACUUCCACCGCGGCUUCGAGGCCGACAUCUCCCCCGAGGACCUCUUCAACAUGUUCUUCGGGGGUGGCUUCCCUUCCAGCAAUGUGCACGUGUACAGCAAUGGCAGGAUGAGGUACACCUACCACCAGAGGCAGGACAGGAGGGAGCACCAGGGGGAUGGAGGCCUGGGGCUGUUUGUCCAGCUGAUGCCCAUCCUCAUCCUGAUCAUCGUGUCAGCUCUCAGCCAGAUGAUGGUCUCCAGCCCACCCUACAGUUUGAGCCACAGGCUGUCUGUGGGUCACACACACAGGAGGGUCACAGAGCACUUGAAAGUCCCCUACUACGUGUCCGAGAGCUUUGCUGAGGAGUACACGGGCACGAACCUGAAGAACGUGGAGCGGAGCGUGGAGGACGACUACAUAGCAAACCUUAGGAACAACUGCUGGAGAGAGAAGCAGCAGAAGGAAGGCUUGUUGUACCGGGCACGCUACUUCGGGGACUCGGACCUGUACCAGCGGGCACAGAAGAUGGGCACCCCCAGCUGUAGCAGACUGUCAGAUGUCCAGGCCUCCCUGCACGGAUAGUGCCAGCCCAAGUACGAGCUGGGAGCAGGGAACCCCGGUGCUUUGGUCACUGAAAGCCCUGAGUGAGACACAGCCCUCCAGGAGUGUCCUCGGGUGACACACGCAGCCUCCCCUCCGACGGCGCUCCCGCGUUAAUCAGGAAUUGAUUGGGUUUCGUUUGCAUGUCGGCACCCCCGGCUCUCUCCAGGCUCCCUCUUUUCUCUGGCCUCUAGGAGCAGGGCAGAAUCCCUUGGUGAGGUUGGGAAUUUCUUAGGCUCUGUGGCAUCCAGCCCCCACAUUUUAAUGAGCCCUCGGUUUUGGUUGCUUUGUUGUCUGUUUUGCUGGGAAAGCUGUUAGCCCUGGCACGUGACAGGGAAUGGAGUCCCACCCAACAGAUGUUCCUUGUCCCCCCCUCCUGUUGCCUUCCCAUUCAAGGAGAACAAAGCAAAUGUUCCCAGCAGGUUGUAGAAGUAACUUACUGGGUUAAACUGGCAAUCAAAGUAAGAGCAGCUGGGGGGGAGGUCUGGAAGAUUUGGGGGUUGGAGAGCUUGGAUUAAGGAGAGCCCGGAUAACACAUGUGAGAUCAGAUGUGCUGGGAGAACUGCACCAAAAUAACGAAAAAGAAAAUUGCCACAGGGUUUGGAGUCCUUUUUCUGCAUAAAUUUUUGGGCUGAUUUCACCUACCAGGCACUGCUGGGCUGCCUGUGAAAUGUGCAGAUCCCCAAAAUUAUCUGAGCACAGGAUUUCUGUAGAAGAACUCCUGGGUGAAGCUUGUUCCAGGUGUUGUAUGGACACCGUUCUGGCUCACAGGGACUCCUUGAGGAUGCUGGCUGCUGAGCUGCUUGAUUUGCACUUUUGGGGGUUGUUUUCCUCAGCAUCUGAAAGUUUGGCCUUUAAAGCAGAUCCUCUGGGGCACGUUGGGCUUUUCCUUGGGUGUAUCCUGGUUUUGGAUCCGUUCCUACCUUGAUCCUCCCGCUCUCUCCUUUGGAUGACUGCGCCUCUUCUGGUGUUAAUUACCUGCUUUUCUUUAAUUCCCUGCCUGCACCCGUGGUCUGGAAAGAGCCUGGAAAAGCUGCUGCCUGUGCUGUGGGGUGGGGAAGCAAGGGGGAGUCCGAGAUUGGCCUCAGACUGACACCGCUGCCGCUUUUGUUCCCAGAGCGUCCAAACGCCCGAAGACUUUUGGGGAAGCGCACUGAGCCGAGGUGACAGACUUUGCUCUUUAAAAAGAAUCAAACCUUAUCUUAAACAUGGAAUUGGAGAAUUAGCAACGCACAACUGCCCCUCUUUCUUCUCUCUGCCUCUCUCUGACGAUGGCAGGCGGCGCUUGGGACAGGAAAUCCAGCUCUCUGUCUUCCUCCUCCCCUCCCAACACUGCUGGCGUGCUCCCACGAUCCCACAAGGAUCCCACAGCCCCUCAAACAGACACACAGAGUGUAAAAUAACCCAAACUAACUGCAGAAACCUGAAGCAGAAGGAGACCCUUCACGGCUGCCAAUGGAGAGAGAAGUGGGAUUUUGUUGAUAAAAGAAGACACUAAAGAAAAAGAAAAGAAAAUAUAAUCUAUUUAGCAUUAAUUUAUAGCUGUAUAUAUGUUGUACUUUUAAACUAUGCAGGGGUUGGAUGAUUAAAUUAUUUUGGUUUCUGCCCAUUUUGGGGAGCAGGGCAGCAGGAAGCCUCUUCCCAGCGGGUCUCUGUCCACAGCACUUUCUUGCCUGGAAAACAGGAACCCCUUUGCAGUUGCCAUCCUUUGCUCCUGGGAGGACAUUCUGUGGAUGGGGACGUCCAUACACCUGCCCUUGGGGCUCUGAUCACACCAAACCCCAAAGGUGCAGGGCUCCCAGAGAAGGGGGGAGCCCGUGCAGAGCCGUGGAUUUGCAGCGUCGGCGGAGCCGGGGGUCAGCUGAGCCGCUCGCCGGGGGAAGGAUUGUCCUGGAUGGAUUUUGCUCGUCAGUCUUUGGUUGAUUUGUGCGUGUAACUCCUUUUUCUGCCGAGUCUGCUGGAAUUCUGCCUGGUAAUCAGCGUGCUCCGUGCAGAGGGGGCUUUCCAACAGCCCUUUGUUGGGAGGUUUUGUGCUCGGGUUCCUCACCGCCCCAGGCUGGCCCUGCCCUCACGCCCCGCCUCGUGUUUCCUGCAGGACACCUGCGAAAUGCCACGGAUCCAUAAGGAACAAAGCAUUCUGUUGGAAGAAGUUCUGCUGGGGGAGAUCAGGGGGUGUCUGAUCUGCCCUGUGCCUGCCCCACCACGGGCAGGACCAGCGUGAGCUGCUCCAGGUGAGGAGCCAUCUCUUGGAAGCAAAGCCAGCACGAGCAGAGCCACCUCCCAUGGAAUAAACUGGAUUAUUUAAUUUUUUGGUUUUUUUUUUUGCUGCUCUGCAGCUCAUUGGUGUCUAAAGACAUUUCCAGUGCAAACCAUCCCCUGGCACGGUCAGGGGAGUGAACUGGGAGCACAGCAGCUCCCGGGUGGGCUGGCAGAGGAGGUUUUAUCCCGUUGUCCUUAGGAAUCCAUGCGCUCUGUCUUGGCUGUUUAUUUAUUUUGUGAAAUCUCAGCCUCCCGUUGGCUGCAGGCCCUGUUAUCCCACAGCCACCAUGGCUUGGACCUGAUUUUAAGGGGUUUUAUUAUUUCUUUUCUUUUUUAAUGGUUCCUCCACCUUCAGAAGAGAUCGGGUGGAGGUUCAGGAUUGGAAAUGGCGCUCGAUAGAGGCACAGGGAUGAUGGGGACGGGGUUAAACCAAAAUCCUGCUCACAGAAGGAGCUGGAUGUGUUGCCCAGUGCCAUUCCCUGCCUGGAGCCUGCCUGCCAAAACCUUCAGGUUAUUUUUCCUGGUAGAUACCCACGGAUCACAAGGAGGGAGAAGGCAUCAAUCCCAGUGGAUGCUCACAGAGGCUGUAUCUGUCGAUUUAGUUAAUUAUACAAUUGUACAUCUAUAAAUAAAUGUUUAUAAUGUGAA